CUCAUUUGCCAUAAACGCGAACGCUGUGCAUGCAAAUUCAGCUCUUAUAAACCGUUGUGUAGCUAUAUCUAUAGUUGAGUUUUAUUGUUUAAAAGUGCAUAACAACAAAAUUAUAGGAGCAAGGAUUGUCGAAAAAUUGUUUGCAGCCUGAAAUCAUUCCAGUUAAACAAAUAAGCAGAAUUCCAAAAUGCCAGAACAAACCGCCGAGCAGGAAUCUCAGCCACAGACGGCAACGACAGCUACAACACAGGAUUCAAAGUCAGCAGAUGCUUACGAUUCGAGCAUGUUGCCCGAUAUGCUGCCCGUCUACUACAGACGUCUCUUUCCCCACGAACCCUUCUAUCGCUGGCUUAACUAUGGCCACUCUGAGGACAACAUCUUUGUGAAUCGUGAGAUUUCGUUCACACUCCACGAUGACAUCUACAUACGUUAUCUGUGCUUUGAGACGCAAGCGGAGCUGGAGAAGGAAAUCUGCUCCCGUAAUCCCUACAAAAUUGACAUUGGCGCCGUCUUAUCCACUAGACCCAAGAAUUUCCGCACUGUUCCCGGUGGCUUAACGCCUGUGCAGCGUGAAUUAGUAUUUGAUAUCGAUGCCACGGACUAUGAUGAGAUACGUAAUUGCUGCUCUGGGGCUGAGAUCUGUCUUAAGUGCUGGAAAUUCAUGGUGGUGGCAGCGCGUGUUCUCGAUGUUGCUCUCCGUGAAGAUUUCGACUUUGAGAACUUGCUGUGGAUCUUCUCGGGUCGUCGUGGUAUCCAUUGCUGGGUCUGCGAUCACACGGCACGUCAUCUGGAUGGACGAGCUCGCGCCGCUGUCGCCGAGUAUCUCAACAUACUCACCUACACCAAUAAUACGGCUCGAGUGCAGCUCAAUGAUCGUACGCAUCACAGUUUGCGACGUGCGCUUAAGAUUGUGGAACCCAUGUUCGAGGAGAUUAUACUGGAGGAUCAGAAUCUCUUUGGCACACCCAAAGGUGUUCAAAAGCUGCUGCAAAUGAUUAGCGACGAAGGCGCACGCAACGAUCUCGAGGCGUAUCUCCAGAAGACGCACGAGGACGGCGCCCACUCCAAGCUCGUCUGGGAGAGCUUCGUGCGCUAUGCAAACUCAAUGCGCACUAGCGCAGCAAACAUUUGGAGUCGCAAGCUCAAGAACAUUGUGCAGGAGGUGCAGCUGUGUCUGCUCUAUCCGCGACUUGACAUCAAUGUCACAAAGGGUUUCAAUCACUUGUUGAAGGCGCCCUUCUGCAUCCAUCCUGCCACUGGCAAAGUGUGUUUGCCUUUCAGCGCCACAGCUGCAGCUAAAUUUGAUCCAACUACAGUGCCAACGAUUUCGCAGCUGCUGCAGGAGAUCAAUGCUCACGAUGACAAGACCAAGAGCUACAUGGAAGCGCCCGAGGAUAAGAGUCGCAUCAAGGAUUACAAAAAGACGAGUAUGUUCAAAGGUGUUGUUGUUUUCGAAGAGUUUCUGCGCAAACUCGAGCGUAAUUUCAACCCCAAAACAAUGGAAUUUUAA